AUUGAAUUUCUACUCUUCCAUACGAAUUCGAAGAAUUUAUUUAAUAUUUACAAUGAUAUCACAAACUGUGCAAGUCUGCUGCUGCCUGGCCCUGCUGUCCGGCAUUGUGGCAACCACUGUGUCCAUCAACGAGACGGAUUGUCCCCAAAUUUGUCCAUCGGUCUACAAGCCAGUUUGUGCCUCCGAUGGCUUCAAUCUGAAGGAAUUUGCCAGUGACUGCAAUCUGAAGGCCGCCAACUGUCGCCGCCAGCGUAAUGCUCAAACUGUCUAUGCUCAAACUGAUAUGGCUUGGUGUAGCUCCGAGCAGGUGGAAGAUUUGCGUGAGAAAUUGGGCAACAUUAAGCUGGACGUGGCCGAGUGCCUGAAGCCAUGCAGCAUGAUCUAUCAGCCUCUCUGUGUGACAAACGGCAAGUACCGUGGCAUCGUGUCCAAUGCCUGCGCCCUGGAAACCUUCAACUGCGCCCUGCAGGCCACUGGCGCCCAGCCCGCUGCGCUAUUGCGCAUCCUGCGCGCCGAUACCUGUUAAACCCAGCUUGAGUACCGACCAAUAAACAUCACGGACAAUAGACAA